GUCUCGGCUUUCAUCUCCCAGUGAGGAGGAGUUAGCCUGGCAGCGUCUGGAACCUCAGGCUGAAUAAAGUGUCCCCUCUAGUCAGUGACUCCUGCAGUGGUCCCGGCAGCUCAGUGGAGGUACAAACCGUUCUCAAAUCCAGAAGAAUCCACUAUUGACACAAUGGUCGUGGCAGGCUGUACCCGGUGCAUCAAAUACAUGCUAUUCUUCUUUAAUUUUGUUUUUUGGCUGGCUGGAGGGGUCAUCCUAGCUGUGGCGUUGUGGCUUCGCCAUGACAGUAAAACCAGUAACCUGCUAAUCCAGCAGUUUGAAGGUCACCAGGCCCCCAGCACCUUCUACAUCAGCGUGUACAUCCUGAUCGCUGUGGGGGCGGUGAUGAUGUUUGUCGGCUUCCUUGGUUGCUAUGGUGCCAUCCAGGAAUCUCAGUGUCUCCUCGGUACGUUCUUCUUCUUCUUGAUAAUGCUGUUUGCUUGUGAAGUGGCUGCUGGGAUCUGGGGCUUUAUGAACCGGGACACAAUCUCCAAAGAAAUGAUCAACUUCUACGACUCUGCGUACAUCAAGGCGGUGGACAUCACGGGCAGCCCCAACAAAGACUCCGCCAUCAAAGUGCUCCACGUGUUCCACUCCACGCUGGAGUGCUGUGGUAAGGGAGACGAUGGACCCCUCUUCAAACAGGUCACAGGCACCCUGUGUCCAAAGCUGACCGCCAAGGACUUGCUCGAAUCACAGAGCUGCCAUGUGAAGCUGAUCGACCUGUUCUCGGAGAAGCUCUACCUCAUCGGCCUGGCGGCACUUGCGGUUGCCUGCAUCAUGAUCUUCGAGAUGAUCUUCACGAUGGUGCUGUGCUGUGGGAUCCGGAACAGCCCGCCUUACUAGGAGAGCGAGGAGGGCGGGGGGGAGCUGUGCGUGAAGGGAUGGCUCUUCUUCCCUCAUUCAGAACGUUGGAGCAGAAUCAGGAUAUACCAGCGCUUAUAAUGUUGUUGAUAUUAUCUCAAUCAAAUGACGUACAAUCCCACCCCCCAUUGUGAUAUUAUUUAUGUGUAUUUUUUUUCAUCACAAUUCUUGUUCUUUUUUUUUCGACAGGGGUGUAUCUAUACAGUAUCUAUUUUUGUUUCUAUUUUUCCUUGGCGAUUAAUAUGUUGAAGUGAAUGAUUAAAUAACUAAAUAAUAAAAGGAUAAUAGUAAUAUUUUGUUGUUUAUUUUCACUGCAGUUUUCCUUAUGUAAAUCUUAAGUAGUAGUUGUGCAGUGUGUGUUGCGUUACUAUUUCGUUUUUCUGAGAGACAUUUAGGCAGUGUUUAUAAUCUGUGUUGUAGGAUUUUUAAUAGAUUGAAUUUAUUUUGUGUGUCCUAUAAUCUUAUUCCCCAGUACCCUUUUUCUCCAUUUUACCUAUUGUACAACAAUCUGUUUAAAACCCGCUAGGCCUAAAACAUUAAGUAUUUUCUCUUGUACAUUUUCAGCUUUUUUUUCUUUGGGACAGAUUGCUCAAUGUAUUGUUGUACUGAUGAAUUAACAAAGUUUAAUAAGGAAUAAACUGUUCCAAAAACGUU